AUGGUACGUAUUUUACAUUAAGUUUAUUAAUGUAAAAAGCUAUACCUGUGUAAUUCUCUACCAUUUUUGUUUUAAGGACAUUGUUUUUAAUUUUGUAGUAGUUUAAACGCGAUUUAAGGCUGAUAUUUUCAAAAAUUUUGUACUUAUCUUUAGUUGAGUUUUGUAUUUUAGAUACUGGCCGUUUUACAACGACGAGUUUGGGAUUUAUGGCAAAGGAGUGGAUUUUCAAUACCAGCCGCACCGAAGCCAUCCGAAAGAUUCUUGUGCUUGUUGCCGGUGUGUUCGUUGGAGGAAGAACGGUGUAUACAUACUACAGGCCCUUGGACGUAUGAUUUUAUUACUUUUUAUAUCUUUUUUGAAAACUAUGUUAAUGUAGUUUAUUUGAAAGUUUAAAAAAAACACAUUAAUUGGGAUUUCUACGGAUUUUUUGACCAGAACGAUAUUUUUUAUCAAGUUGUCUUACCUUUUGAUUACAGAAAAAGUUUUAUAAUAUCUAUACAUAAUCUUAAAUCCCAUUCUUUCCAGGACUUCUACCGCGAAGUGGAAGAAGGAAAGAAGCUCCUUCUCAUCAAGUACCGCAACCGAUACUUUGAGAAGGGACUUGACAAGAUUGUCACAGAUGACCAGUCAGAGCUACCAAAGUCUCCCUGAAGGCGAUACCGUCUUCAAACAGGCCUUCAAAAAGUACAAAAAACGGAGUGAGAAGUUGGAUCUGGAGGAUGUUGUUGAUGUUAGAGUGUCAGACGCAUCCAAAGGUCUUGUUUGUCGCCCAGUUCAAUACAAUAGGGAUAUUAAUAACAUAGGAAUUGAGCUACGGUAAAUUGAGUUUUAUAAUAAAGAUUUUUUGAUGGAUGAAGCAGUUUUUUGAUGGCAUUGAUCUUUUUAUAACACUUUAUGUAGAUUUUUUAUAAUACUUUGGUCGGACUUUAAAUUUCGAACCAAAAAAUCAACUAACUAUUAAUUUUUACAUCUUCAGUACUGUCUAGUACCAUCAUUUUAUAAGCAUGACGUUCUGUAUUUCCUUUCGCAUUAAAAAUCUAUUUUCAGCCCACUAAAAGAAUGGUCAAUAUCAACAUUCGACUCCCGACCAGGCCUCUUUAUCCUAAGCAACAUCAUAACAGAAAAAGGGCAAGUCAAUCUAGCAUCGAAAUGUCUACUACAAUAUGCUGAACCUCCGAAUAUAACCAAUCUCACUGUUGAUGGCUCAUAUAAAGAGGCGAAUGUGUUUCGCAACAUAGCCAACAAGUUGAGGUGGGUAACAAUGGGGAAUGAUUAUGAUUGGACUCAGAAGGUAUACGACGACAAACCACGAGAUAAACUGCCAGAUGAGAUAGUAAAGUUUGCUGAUUUGGUGUCCAAUGUGUUGGGAUUGGGCAGCGUGGCCGCUGAUGCUGUUAUCAUGAACUUCUACCCGGCUAAAGCUACUUUGUCACCUCAUGUGGAUAGGUAUGAUGUUUAAAAUUGCUUGUAGAGAUAGUGUUGAAGCUAACUUAACAUAUAUUUUCUGUUUUAGGGCUUACAUCAUGUUGUAUACAUUUUAAAAUCAGUUUAUGGUAACUAAAACCUUGUUUAAGAUCCGAGAGAAGUAUAGAAAAGCCAUUGAUAUCGAUAAGUUUGGGUCAAUCAGCCAUCUACCUAACUGGAGGCGAAUCUUUGGACGAUCCUGUAGAUCCACUUCUGCUACAUUCCGGGGACGUACUGGUUAUGCAUGGUAAACAACGUCUUGUCUACCACGCUGUACCCAGAAUUCUGAAGUUGCGCACUUUUCCAAGAUCAAAAGAAGUCGACCAAGAUGUACUGGAAUAUUUGAACAACUGUAGGGUUAAUGUUACGAUACGACAGGUCGAUUUCGUGGAUGAUGAAAAAUGA